CACCCACCUCAGACUUCCUCCUUCACUUGGUUCGACGCUACGCCACAUCCCACCAGCCCUUGGACUAUGGUGUCCAGCAGCGUCGCCGGCAUCAUGGGGGACCUGGGGCCCUCCCAGAGGGUCCUGCUCCUGCCUCUCCUUCUCAUUGUGGGUGGUCUCAGCCCUGUCCAGGCCCAGAGUGAAUGCAACUGCUCUGUGGUGAGCCCCGGUGUGCUGGCAGCCAUCGUGCUGGGGGACCUGGUGCUGACCCUCCUUAUCGCCCUGGCCGUGUACUCCCUGGGCCGCCUGGUCCCUCAGGGGAAAGGGAAAGGGGCUGUGGAGGCAGUGACACGGAAACAGCGCAUCACGGAGACAGAGUCGCCUUACCAGGAGCUCCAAGGUCAGAGGUCAGAUGUCUACAGUGACCUCAACACACAGAGGCCAUAUUACAAAUGAGCCCAGACCACGGCAGUCAACAACCUGAUGCCUGGAUCCAGUCACUCCUGAUGCCUACUUAGCACCCUAUUCCUACUCCCACCAAGAUACAGAUUCACGGAGUGCCCUCCUUGAGAUGCCAGACCUUUCCCCACCACUGCCCCCAAAUAAACAAGGCACCCCUAAACCCUG